GCUAGCUGCAAAGUUGCUUGCCAUUCUUUGCUGAUGUCGGGGAGCUGAAUAUUUAAAGGGUGAAUGUGGAGAUAGUGCUUGGCUAUUUUUUUUUUUUUCUAUUUUCACUCUUUAUUUUAAAUUCUGCAGGUAAAGCGAUAGUGAGCUGGGAGCUUAAAGACCUCUGUGGUGGAGGGGUGAGUCAGCGGGUGCAGAAGAACUAAGAAUUGGUUUCCUUGGUGAGACGGUCGCCUCUUCCCCCAGAGAGGCAGGGCUGCUCGUGGGACCGAACCCCCGGUCCGCACCCCGCUCCAGGAGAACGCAAGCAAACAACGACCCGCAGCCGCCUCGCUCUUGGCCAACAUCUCAAAUCCACUUCCCCCGGCCUGCGCGCGGAGAAGCUGCAUCUGUAGCCCGAGUCCACCGCGGGCCAGUCACCCUGUGGGUAACUGCGGGCCGGCAGAAGCGCCCAGAUGCUGGCGAUCCCCGCCUUUGAGAGUCGACGGCAAACCCGUUCUUGAUUGUGGUUUGCGGGGAGACUGGCGCUGGACUAUUGAAUUCUAAAUAACGUGCAAAAUGCUGAAUAUUCUAACCAGGACGGAUCAGACAGCACGCAAAAGCGGGCCCCUGUAAUUCCGCGACUGCAUUUUGCAACGUGCCUCCUCGAGCUUCAAGCCAAGCCUCGGGUAGGAAGGGAGCUGGGGCCGGAGGCCAGCGCCCGGGGAGGACAGGGUCCGCGCGUAGCUCCGCGCGCCCCCGGCCAUGUCGCCUUUAACGUCCUGCCCCUUUGCGUGGCCUUCUGAGGGUUUGCGCGGCAGGCCGGGGUUGCUUCCCACCCGCGCGCUCUCUCUCACCCCCAGCUAACCCCAGCGGGCAGGGCUCCCCUGAGCCGAGACCUUUUGACUCUGCUCCACUGCUUCCGCCUCCGCCCUCGCCCGGGGGUGGCUCUCGAAAGCCGGACCUCGCCGGCCCCGGCUGGGACCAUGGUGUUUCUCUCUGGAAAUGCCUCCGACAGUUCCAACUGCACCCACCCGUCGGCACCGGUGAACAUAUCCAAGGCCAUUCUGCUCGGAGUGAUCUUGGGGGGCCUCAUCAUUUUCGGUGUGCUGGGCAACAUCCUCGUGAUCCUCUCCGUGGCUUGCCACCGGCAUCUGCACUCGGUCACUCACUACUACAUCGUCAACCUGGCGGUGGCCGACCUCCUACUCACCUCCACCGUGCUGCCCUUCUCAGCUAUCUUCGAGAUCCUGGGCUACUGGGCCUUUGGCAGGGUUUUCUGCAAUAUCUGGGCGGCGGUGGACGUCCUGUGCUGCACCGCGUCCAUCAUGGGACUCUGCAUCAUCUCCAUCGACCGCUACAUAGGUGUGAGCUACCCGCUGCGCUACCCCACCAUCGUCACCCAGAAGAGGGGUCUCAUGGCUCUGCUCUGUGUCUGGGCGCUCUCCCUCGUCAUCUCCAUCGGGCCGCUGUUCGGCUGGAGGCAGCCUGCCCCGGAGGACGAGACCAUCUGCCAGAUCACCGAGGAGCCCGGCUACGUGCUCUUCUCAGCGCUGGGCUCUUUCUACGUGCCGCUGACCAUCAUCCUGGUCAUGUAUUGUCGGGUGUACGUGGUGGCCAAGAGGGAAAGCAGGGGCCUCAAGUCUGGCCUCAAGACCGACAAGUCGGACUCGGAGCAGGUGACGCUCCGCAUCCAUCGGAAAAAUGUCCCAGUAGGAGGCACCGGGGUGUCCAGCUCCAAGAGCAAGACGCACUUCUCAGUGAGGCUCCUCAAGUUUUCCCGGGAGAAGAAAGCGGCCAAAACCCUGGGCAUCGUGGUGGGCUGCUUCGUCCUCUGCUGGCUGCCUUUUUUCCUAGUGAUGCCCAUUGGGUCUUUCUUCCCUGAUUUCAAGCCCUCGGAAACCGUUUUUAAAAUAGCAUUUUGGCUCGGAUACCUAAACAGCUGCAUCAACCCCAUUAUAUACCCGUGCUCCAGUCAGGAGUUUAAAAAGGCCUUCCAGAAUGUCUUGAGAAUCCAAUGUCUCCGCCGAAAGCAGUCUUCGAAACACACCCUGGGCUAUACCCUGCACCCACCCAGCCACGCCCUCGAGGGGCAACACAAGGACCUGGUUCGCAUCCCAGUGGGAUCUGGAGAGACCUUCUAUAAGAUCUCCAAGACGGAUGGGGUCUGUGAAUGGAAAUUUUUCUCUUCGAUGCCCCGUGAAUCUGCCAGGAUUACAGUGUCCAAAGACCAGUCAGCCUGCACCACAGCCCGGGUGAGAAGUAAAAGCUUUCUGCAGGUGUGCUGCUGUGCAGGGCCCUCCACCCACAACGGUGGAGAGACCCACCAAGUUCCAACCAUUAAGAUCCACACCAUCUCCCUCAGUGAAAAUGGGGAGGAAGUCUAGAGGACAGGAAAGGUCCUCUUGCCAAAAGGGAUGCUGCCUCUGCGUAUGAGUACUUGUUGACUUAAUUAAGGAAAGAGCUCUGCUCGUCAGCAAAGGGAGAAGGGAGCCCAAGCCCGUGGAAGGUAAAAUCCUCAAGCAAAAAUAGGGUGACCAAAAAGAAGGCAACGGUGGCCAGUAGGAAGGCAUCAGAGGUGUGCUCACUGUUACUCUGAUUUCUUUUUAUACUACUAGGACUUUUAACCCUGAAACCACCUGCACACGGCUCCUGUCCAGCCUGGUCGGAACACUGUUGGCACCUGCUCCUUGUCUACACACUAUGCCGGGGAGCAGGGCUGAGCCCAGGCUGCUGUGGGGUCCACCGUCUUCAAAAAGCAAUGACAGCGUGGCCUCCUGGGCCUUCAAAGUCCCCACAGGAUGAGUGAGUGGAGAUGACUUUGGGGGCAGGGCUGACAAAAGCAGACUAGGAUCUCGACAGAGGACACCAGGCCCCUUGCCACUGUUCCCAUCAGCAUGGCCUCCCUCAUGCCCCUCACCCCAGACCCAGAUGAUGGUGGAGCUCAUCUGCUCUGUGCAAGAAAACAUCAUUUCUUCCGUGCUACCCCAACAUGGAUUCCUGAGUCUCCCACCUAAAAGGAAGGUUAUGGCAGUUUAUGGCAGUGGGCAGGGGGCAGGGGGAGGUGUUGAGGAGGGAGGGGAAAGCUUACCCUGGACAGCGCUCAAAGCCGGAUGCGUGAUUUCCUAACACUGGGCUGCCACUGAUAAGCAAGGAAAUGCCUGAAGCCGCUGGCUUCUUCAUUUCCAAACACAAAAUGAUUGUCUUUCUUUUCCGUGGGGCCCAGGAGUCAUUACAGCACUGUCCUCUAUAUUACAGGCAACAGAGCACCUUAGUUAGAAGCUGGAAAUGAUUAGAGCUAAACUAUGAAAAAUACAGACUUAAUUAGGGGAGAAAAAAAAUCUAAGAGCAAAGUCUUACUGUAUUUGUAGAAAAAAAAUAAGGCGCCAACCUAUUAAGAAGCCCGAGUACAGAAAGUACAUUCAGAUGCAGUAGAAAGGAAGCUAAGACAGGAUGUCCCAACAUGAGCUUAGAAUGUCCUCCCAUUUACAGAACACUUUGUACUUGCCCAAGUAAUUUCACCUAACUCAAGCUGUCCCUGUGAGGGACAAAGCUAAGGAAGGAUGUGCCAUCGAUUCUUAACAUCUGAAGAAACAAGGGGAUGUAGAGACUUAAGGAGGAUGCUUCAGAUCGCCCCAAAUCCAGCCUCUGACUCUGUUUUACGUGACAUCUGCAGUAUCCCCAGCGUCCACUGUUUCUUGAGACCAUGAAUUUCAUAUGUCACUCGUUCAUCUCUGAUCCCUAUUUUCAGCUCCAUUGGCACCUUCUCUCCUAUUAUAUCCCUUACCGCGGCAGGGCAAUAUAAGAUUGUUCGGAGUGCAUAUUUGCUUGUGCUUUUCUCAUUGGCUAAAGAACUAGCAGAUGUGAUUCUGUUCUUUCUCCCUAGUUAGGCAGCAUCAGAGCUAAAGAAGUAAGCAGGGCCACGGGCUCUUGGCUUGAUCAACAGGGUGACAGGACAGGCAAAGCCAGAAGUGGUGAACACAUUAAGGACCUUGGGAUUGCAAAGGUUGCAAAGGAAGUUUGGGAGGUUCCUCUUCCCGUGAGCCCCUUCAUCAUUGUCAGCAAGCUGCCCGCUUCCUCUCCUGCACCAGGCACUGCAUUCGGCACAAAAAAAAAUGCUAAGAGGCACAGACAGUCCCCAGCUUAGGAGCUGGGUGGGUUCCAAGUCGAGAACGCAUUUUUCCAAGAAGCAUUGUUACAGAAGGGGGAGGGGAAGGGUUUUCCCAAAACAAGUAAAAAAAAAUAAAGAUUUAUUUAAGGUACACCUGGGGUUGGCAAACUUUUUCUGUAAAUGGCUAGAGAGUAAAUAUUUGAGGCAUUGUGGGCCAUAUGCUCUCUGUCACACAUUCUUUUUUGUUGGUUUUUUUUUUUUUUUUUGCAUUUUUUGGACAACCCUUUAAAAAUGUAGAAUCUAUUCUUAGUUCACAGGCCAUAGCAAAAAACAAAAACAAAAACAAAACAAACAGCCCAUGGGCCCUAAUUCGCCAUCCUUGAUCUAGGCCAUCUCAAGCUUACAGUAUAAGAGUAAUAACUGCUAAGCAGUGGAUUUUGGUGUUCAACUUAAAAGCCUCUUUUUUUAAAUAUGCCGUUGACACAUCUCUACUUGACCACAUUAAUAUUUCCAAGCUGUUUGAUUUGUUAGAUGAAGAGACAAGUUCAUACCUGGGGCGGGAUGGGGGGGCUGCUCCAUAUAACCCACUCACCCGAAAGAUGUACUCUAGUACCUCAUUGUAACUUUCUACCCAGGCAUCGGGACAAAAUGGGAGCACUCACCACCCCUUACCACUGCUAGGUUCUGUAGAACAGGCAGGCUGCAGAAGCCCGCCAGUGGUGUGGGGGUGGGGUCUUUCAUCUUUUCACCCCACUAAAAAUCUCCCAGCACAAUCCAGCUGACUCCAUGAGUGGCAACAACCAGUGGGUGACAUUUGACCACAGCUGAUUUGACAUCCCUGCCAAAGCACUGGAUCCUGUUAAAAUGGGGGUCCCCAGAGGCUUUGGGGGUCACACUUGGUUCCUUGUGAAGGCCUUCUGGCCACAGCACCCUGCACCAGAACCUCUGAGGGCCUGCCCUGGGGAUCACCAAGAAGCAGGGUACAGAAAGGGGUGCUGGAGGGGAGGGACAUCUUCCAAAGACAUGUAAUAGCUUCUAGCAGGACAUCUCUUCCCUCUCUUCCUCAUCCUUUCCCUUCUUUCCCUGGUUUUCAUUUUUAAGUCUAAAAUCACCUAACUAGACUCUAAAUGGUGUUCCUGUAGGGGAACAUUCAGUCCUCCCCUGCAACAAUGAAGCAGUGUUUCUCGAAGCUAGCACGUUAUUGGAGGGACUUCCUUCCCCGUCCCCAUCCCCUCUUCAGUACUGAUGGGCAGUGAGGGGGAGGCACACGCUGUCAGUUGGAAACGAGGGGUGCAGUUCUGGUGACCUAGGCCAACGUCCACAGUGUUGAGAGAUGAGACUCUACAGUAGGGCCAGGGGUGAGGGAAUGGGAAUGGAUGCAGAACUGAUGAGGAAGGACCCAGAACUAUCGAUAAUAAUAUAAGGAAUGUAUCUAGUAAUGGAAUAAUAUCAAAAAUAUCAGUACUAACAGCAGCCCCUAUGUUGGGCACAGAAAGGAAGGCCUGGGAUGAUGACUCUCUGUGGCAGCUUCCCUUCCCCGUCCCCUUCCAUCUUGACCUUAUUCUUCUCUCCUUUCCAGUUUUCUUUCCUUAUCCCAGCCUCCCUCUCCAUGAAUCUACCCCCUAUUUUUUUCAAACUGACAAGCAAUGAAUGAUGGGGUAGUUACCCUUGCCCCAGGGGGCGCCAGUUCCCAUGGGAUACAGUGCUCUGUGCGUCACCCAGGUGACAAGGAGGGCUUCCCUCAGCAUCUCUGUCCCCUCCCCAGGUCAGGCCUGACACUGCAAGUUGGCAUCCCUGAGCCCUCGGGGAGCCACAGGCAGGAGAGGCCCCUCCACAAGGACUGGUACCUGGGCCCCCAAGGCUGUCUUUCUGGGCUUCUACUACUAGUAAUUCCACGUGAAGGGAACAAACACAGUGUGGUGAUGGUCAGGCGUGAUUUCCGGUUAUUUCUAUCCCCACCCACAGGUGAGCGCCUCUUUGACCAGCAUCUCCCUCUCACUUGGACAUGUCAGAAGUCUCUCGCCCUGCAAUGUCACCUUCUCUCUCUUUCUCUCCCACGUCAUUGGUCUCUUGCCUCGUUGUGCCUUCACCUUUCACUCUCCCACUUAGCCCUUAGGGCCUUCAAGACUAUGGUGAAUCCCAAAGCAAACUUGGUUUCCUAUUAGCAUUAAGCAAGAUAAGCAAUUAAGCAACAGUCGCUCCCUCAGAAGGCACACUGAGCAAAACUCAACAGAUCCCAACAGGGUGAAAGGUGCUCCUUACCAAGUGUUCCCACUGCCUGUCUCCAUCCCCACCAGAUCUUCUGCCCUAGGAACUUAUUCACGGACUCUCUCUAUUGUCUCAAUGUAACUUUGUGCCAGGAACCUCUCUCCCCUUUGCAGAGGGUCCUCUCCUACCCAGCGUGCUCCCACUUUUGCUGACACAGCUCUGCCUGCACUAGUCUGCCCCAGCAGUCACAGCAGAAAACCCCAGUCUAGGGGCUUCGGCAUAGACAUUUACUCUUUCGCAGUUUUCGAAACUGGAUGUCUGAGAUCAAGGGUCUCCAGGCUGGUUUCCUCAGAGACCUCUUUCUCUCCUUGGCCUGUGGCUGGCUGCCUCCCCCCAGUGUCUGCCCAUCAGUGUGUCUGUGUCCUCAUCUCCUCUUCUCUAAGGACACAGUCUGAUUGGAUCGGGGCCCAUCCCAAAGACCUCAUUUAACCUUAACCUCCUCUUUGAAGAAUGUUUCUCUAAACACAGUCUCAUUCUGAAGUCCUGGGGGUUAGGACUUCAACAUAUGAAAUUGGGUGUGGGUGGCAGGGUAGGGGACAAUUUAACCCAUACAAUUUUCUCCCCACUCUCUACUUUCCGCCUGCAAAAUCUUAUCCACAAUUCUUUCCCCAAAUCAAAUGUUCAAAUUCAGCCCUUCCCGACCAUCCUCUCUGAGUUCCUACAGCAAUUGUCUCUAAAUUGUGUUUGACAAUUGUGUACUGUUUUUCAUCUGUCCCUGCUUUUUAAAAAAUCUAUAGUUUUUUCACCUUAAAACAUACUUUACACUUCGCCUCUAUAGGUUCUAUCUUUCAACCAGAUUAAAACUCUGUCACGUCACUUUGUAUGCCCAGAGCAGUACUCAUCCCCUGGGGGAUCCUAUCUAAAGAGCAGGACCCCUCAUGAGCAAGCAGGGAAGGGACAAAGAGGGACAAGGGACCAGAGCCAAGAACUAGUGCUCAGGCAGAUACUGGGAGACCAGGUCGACAGGGCCUUGGAAAUACCAGAUGACCCACCAGAAAGUCUUGGGUGAUAGGGCUCCUAACAGUGACAGUGAGAUUCUAACCAGGGGCGCAGAGCACAGCAGUAGGGAAUCCCGGGUUAGCUGCCACCUUAAAUCAGGGCAGGCACCGAAUCCCCAGGAAACCUGUGCACCCGGAAAAGCAGAUCACCAUCUGUGAAUGGGCCAGACCUUAGACCCUGCGAGCAAGGUGAGAUGCAGUAAGGUGGAGUGAAGAACCAACAACAGAACCCAGUCCCAGGAAAUGGGUCACUGAGGAGCACACCGUAGGCUGUGAUCACCACUGGGCCCCAGUCCUGGCGAUGGGGGAGUUAAUGCUGUUUCAGGGAUGUCUGCCCCACAUCAGGAGCAGCAUGGGAAAUGGGUGCCAACGAGUCUUUAGGGUGCCUUCCCUUCACCCUCUCUCAUAGCUCAGGAAGAGUAGACGAAAGGAAGUGACACUAACUUGCUUGGAUAUGAGGAUAUAGACAGCCAUUCCCUGCUAAAAGGCAUUCUAAUUCUGACCUUCGGAAGACUGCUAUUGCUGCCCCAGCCCUCAGGGACUCUAGUGUCCGGUUUUAGCUCCCCCUGCUCCUGCCUCUCGGUGGCUACUGCCCAUUCUCUGUGAUUUUAGAGUGUCUUGGCCUGGUCACCUUGCUUCUUUUGAGAAAUUCAGCCCCAUUUCUGUUUCAUCAACCCCACCUAAGCCUUUUACUGUAGACAAAUUGAUUCCUGGCAGGAUACUGCUGUGACGGUCAUGGAGUGAUGUCUUCUGCCUGGUUCCUGCUGAGAAGCAAAGAGCAUUUAUCCUCAUUUGGAAGGAUCAGGACUGCUCUAACUGCAUAGCCUCAGCUAUCAUGCUUUCUGGGCAAGGCACGGUGCCACUUUGGUAUCCCAUGCCUCCCUGGGGCACUGCUCAAAUUGGAAGUGUUUCUUGCCGCACAAUCUCCAUCACAAUGGAACAGGCUUGUUGGCUAAGAGUUUGUACUUCACCAGCUUCCAUCCCGUCUAGAAAUCACAGGAGGAAAAAUCACAUGAAAAGCCAGCGCCUACCAAAGUAGUGAGUGUAUUUAAGCGAAAACCAUCCAAAACCAGGUUUGAUUGAGGACAGCAAUGGCUUAUUGAUGUAUUCACUGGGAAAAAAAAAAAAAAAAAACUUGUCUUUCUUCCACAGUCUGGUCCCCAUUCCUUUUGCUAAACCCAGCCUUAUCUUCCUAAUGAAAAGGUUUCAGCUCUACAGCUUGGCUAAUUGAAGUCUCAAGGGUUGGAAAGCCUUUGGCUCAUUAAUCAAAAGACAAGGGAGCAUCAGGAUGAAUGCUCUCUGUCCAGGGCUCCUCCCCAACCCAGCCCCUGUCUCCUGGCAGAGGUGACAGUCCUCCUAAAGGGCAGGGAAAGAGGGAGCAUUGAUGAAUAGGUAGGCGAAUGAGCAGCUUUAAUCAAAAAUAAGGAUGCCCACAUGCCAUCUGACAAGAAGGCUAUUUAAAAAAGUAAAGGGAUGGGACGCCUGGGUGGCUCAGUUGGUUGGACGACUGCCUUUG